AAGAAAGGAGAAAAAUUUCACUUCAAUGAAGGAAGUACAGAGAGAGACAGAGAGAGUGUGUGUGUGUUUCUCUUUCUACAUAUACUCUCCUUUUUCUCUACAAACAUUUCCUGAACAUUCCAUUUCUCUAACCGUUACCAUUCUCUGUUUCUCAGGACUAGAAAUACAGGUUCGGUUUAUUUGAUACAGGCCUUGUUGCAAUGGGAAGAUCUCCAGGAAAGUGGAUCAAAACCAUACUUUCUGCGAAGAAACCAUCGAAAUCUAGCUUUCUGAAGAAAUCUGCAACAAAUAAAGAGGCAACCAUUGCCUGCAAGGCAGUGUCUGGUGAUUUGGCAGCAAAUCCCUCUGUAAUCUCAGAUGUGGUACUUCAUACCACUAACAGAAAUGAAGAAAAAUCAGAAAAGGAUGUAGGUGCCCACUUUCCUCAUGGUGCACUUGUGUCAUUGCCUGGAAAGCGAGGUGCACCUACAGAAGGAACCUUUGGGUUGGAUCCACUUGACAAUGCUGAGCUUACCAGGCUUGAGCAUGCUGCUAUGAAGGCACAGGCAGCUUUUAGAGGAUAUUUGGCUCGCCGGGCAUUUCGUGCUCUCAAGGGCAUCAUAAAGCUGCAAGCACUUAUUCGUGGGCACUUGGUUAGGAGACAGGCUGUCACAACUUUACGCUGCCUGCUGGGAAUUGUAAAAUUGCAGGCGGUUGUUCGUGGUCGAAGAGUCAGACUUUCUGUUUGUGGGCUUGAAGUGCAGAAAAAAUGCAGUCUGGAUGUUUUGCAGCGCGAGCUUUUUGGAUUACAUACAACUGCUAGGCCAGAUAAGCUGUUGGCACAUGCUUUUAUUUGUAAGCUUCUUGCUUCAUCGCCAACUGUUAUGCCCUUGAACCUCUGCCAUAAUCCACAUGAAUCAAAUUCUGCUUGGAGCUGGCUAGAACGCUGGUCGUUGUUUCAAUUUUGGGGACCACUUCCACAACCAAGGGGCAUUCCCAACUCCAAGUUUCAUGGACAGCAGGACAGCAUUCAGACUUUAGAAAUUGAACCAAUCAGGGUAAAACGAGGUGUACGCAAGUUCCCAACUGAAAAAGUUUACAAUUCACUACAUCAAACAUUGGAGAGUGAGAAGUCCAGACGCAGCCUUAGGAAAGCUAGGGUCAAUCAAGCUGAAUCAUUGCACGAACACCCUCAAAGUGAGCUACAGCGGGUAAAAAGAAGUUUGAGAAAAAUUUCACUAGCUCCUGAUCGGUCAGAAGCUGUGACUGAGAGGCCGAAGUUAAAUAUGAGAAAGUUGUCAAGCUCCGAGGCAUCUGAGGUAGCUCAGACAGAGAAAAGUGUUGAUAACUUCUCUGAGAAAGUAAAUGACCCAAUUGUUGUAGUUUCGAAAGACUCUGAAUUUCGUGAGGUAGAAAUACUUCCAAAACCAUUGCAAGUGGAUGAGAUAGUUAAUAUGCUGCAUCAUGAUGACCCUACUUGUGAGCGACUUCCUCUGGAAACUGUUGACAAGAUUGAUAACGUCCCAAUGGUGAAUGAGGAGCGAAUUGUAAUGGAAGAUCAAACUAGUAAGGAGAACCAAAGCAGAAGAAAGUCUUUCCCAGCAAAACAGCAAAACUCAGAGAAUGUUUCACAAAAUACCGUGUCUUUGCCAAGCUAUAUGGCAGCAACUGAGUCUGCCAAGGCAAAACUUAAAGCACAAGGAUCCCCGAAGUUUGAACAAGAUGGGAUUGAAAAUGGUUUCACCAGGAGGCAUUCUCUGCCAACUUCAAACACUAGUAAAUUGAUAAUGUCGCCCCAGGUGCAGGGGCUAAUUCAAGCAAAUGGCAAAGGAGGAAGAAAAAUUGACAGGCCACCAUUAUCCUCUAAAGAUGGUCGAGAUAGGACGGCGAGGGCAGGGUGGAAAAGGUAAGUUUACUGCUGUCUUUGAGAUAUCAGAAAAUUAUGUGAAAAACCAGUGUGUGAUGGUCCUAGAGCUUUUCUAGUAUUCCUUCGUGUUUUGUGUUUAGUUGAAUGUAAAGUCAUAGACAUGCACUUUAGCCAGAUGUGUUGGCUUAAAUUAGUUUCACAGUACGCUCUGUUCUUAAUUUUCUGUUCCACCAUGGAUUCUAUGAUGUAAGCAAAUUAUGCUUUUAACCAAGUAUCUCUAUGAAAGUUAAAGUGUUUAGCUUGCUA